UAUGAAUCUGGUAGUUGUUAUCUUGCUACAGAUGGAACCUAUCCUCAUCUCAAAAAACAACCCUUCUUUUUCCAUAUAAAUAUUCGCACAUUCAAUUCAAAGCUUCAGACCCACAAUUUUCUGUGUCACUGUCUCUGUCUUAAAACCUUGUUUUAAUUUGCUUUUGACUUAAGAAAGCAGGUAAAAUUAAAUAUGGCCCUCACCAGAAACACAGUGAUCUUGGCUAUUCUCUGCUUCAUCCUUAUACAAGAGUUGGGGAUCUAUAAUGGAAAUCAGCACAUGGUUGCCGCCCAGAAGAUAGAUUGCGGUGGGAAGUGCAAUUACAGGUGCAGUAAGGCUGGGAGGCACGUAAUGUGCCUAAGGGCAUGCAACACUUGUUGCCAGAGGUGCAACUGCGUGCCACCUGGCACAGCUGGGAACAGAGACAUGUGUCCUUGUUAUGCUAGACUCACCACACACGGAGGAAAGCUCAAGUGCCCUUGAACAUGCAUGAGUACUCAGACUAACUACCUAGUGUAUUAUUCGUCAUCAUAUGCAUGCAUGCAGUUAAAUAAAUAAAUAUGCAAUAUACUUUGUCUGAACUACUACGUGGGAAUAUCGAUCGGGGAAUGAGGGAAUUGAAGAACAUAUAUGAUAUAUAGCACUAGCUAGGUGGGAAAAUGGAUGACUAAGAUCUCAUUAAUUGUUUUGAAUGCUGCAGUAUUUCUUAUUAGUACAAGGCAAGCCAAUGUAUGAUAUUUGCGGCUUAGUAAUAAUCUUAGUCGAUAUUGCUGAUAGCUCCA